CAAAUAAAGUCGUAAACGUCACUGGAAAGCAACAAGCUGUUUCUCAAAAAGUUUAGUUAAAACAAUAAUUACUACAAAAUAUUCUCAGCAAUAAAAGCGUGACGUAAAGAAGCCACUCGUGCUUAAUUAUUAACCCAGAAACGUUGUCCUUCAUUCAUUGUCUCUUGUUUAUCUGAACGACAAAAAGUCGGACCCGAGGUUACCGCGCCGCGCAAGUUAUAGCUAGCUUUACUUUUACUAUUAUUCAGCGAGCGGUUUACUCGAUUCAGUUGGGGUUUCGCCGUGGUAGUGAUUGGACGUGAUAAUAAUGGCUAGCGGAAAGAUCGUUGUGUACGGCGGGCGAGGCGCUCUCGGCGCUGCUUGCGUCAACCACUUCAAAUCAGCUAACUGGUGGGUCGCGAAUAUCGACUUGAACCCUAAUGAAAAAGCUGAUCUCAACAUCACUGUACCUAGAGACGCUUCGUGGGUCGACCAAGAGGAACACGUCGUCAAGGAAUUAGCCAGCGCCCUGCAAGGUCAGAAAGUGAAUGCAGUUAUUUGUGUGGCCGGCGGCUGGGCCGGCGGAAACGCGGCUAAGGACCUUAGCAAGCAAGCGGAUCUAAUGUGGCGCCAGUCCGUGUGGAGUUCCUCUAUUGCAGCAACUGUUGCUUCCAAAUACCUGUCUGCAGGAGGGCUGUUGGCCCUGACAGGUGCUAAGGCGGCUCUAGAAGGUACACCUGGCAUGAUUGGCUAUGGCAUGGCCAAGGCUGCUGUCCACCAACUCACCAAGUCUCUUGGAGCCAAAGAUUCUGGUCUUCCAGAGAAUUCCCUGGCAGUUGCAAUCCUUCCUGUCACUUUGGAUACUGAGAUGAACCGCAAAUGGAUGCCCAAAGCUGACUUUGGUACGUGGACACCGCUGACAUUCGUGGCCCAGUUGUUUGACAAGUGGAUCAAGGGUGAGGAGCGUCCUGCAAGUGGCAGCCUGGUCGCCCUCGUGACCAAGGACAAUGUCACUGAACUGAUCGUCCAGUAAACUUGCCAACUUAGAAUAAGUGAAGUUGUCUCAAAUAUUUAGUACAUAAGUGAAAUGUUUAAAUUAUUUCUCUGUAGUGAAGAUUAUUUUAUGAAGUACUUCAGAAGUGCAUUUUGAAUACAAUUUGUUUUGUUAUGCUUCAUUUUGUAUUAAAUCAAUGCGAGGCAUUGUUUGAAAAUGAUUAGACUUUGUUACAUUUGAUAUUAUUUUGAACAACCUUCCUUCUUUUGUAGGUUUAGAGUUUUAAUAUAUUGUUAUAAAGCAGUAGACAAUAAAUACUAUAAUCUCAAAGUGUAUGCAUGUAUGUUGUAGCAUGAUAUUGUAAAACAUGUGAAAUGUAUCAGAGUAUAUCAAUGUGAUAUUAAAAACUUGUGUAAUUAAAUGUGGAAGCAUUGAA